CCAGCUUCACAUCGGAAAAACCUUUCUGAUUAUUCUUUUCGUAAAUCUGCUGUUGAUUGCUUUCUACUGGAGAAAGUACGGCAGCAUAAUCACCGAUCGCUUCAUUCGUCCCAGUACAGCCAAAGAAAUUGAAGAACUCAAGCUGUCCGUAGCUCGUCUGAAGCUUCCGAAAGAACACAGUCCUCGGAUCUAAACGAUGAACAAUCCAAAAAAUAAAAUUAAAAAUUUCUUCGCCAAGCAGAAACUAAAAUUCGGCAGCCAUGGUCCGGGUCGUAAGCUUAACUCUGAAGCACCACCACCACCACCAAAGGUACCAUCGAAAUCAUCCGGAUCUACGUCUAAAGAUGUCUACAUUCCUCCGAAGCGCAAGGAACUGUCGGCUGAAGCGAAAGCAGCAGCGGAAGCAGCGCUAGCUCGGGUUCAAAGUCGCGACAAGAAAGAAUUCAACACUUCGUUGGCCGCUAUUCAGGCACAGGUUAGACGCGAGCUUGAAGCUGAACGUAAGGCGAAGGAAUAUGCCGCGCAGGGAACCAGUGCGGGAGCUAGUGGCGAUAAUCCGGCAGAAAUGUCCGACGAUGAACGGAAGGAUCUUGCCGUACAGGGAGUCUACUUCCGUUGUCCCUUAAUUAGCGACGAAGUUUUACCCCGAAAAGAAUGGAAAGGUAAAAUCAAGGAAUUUUUGUACGAGCAGUUGGAAAACGAAAAAGGUCUAUCGGCUUGCCUAAUAAUCUAUAACUGCAAUAUCAAGGAAAAAGUGGAUGUCUGUGUGGAAACGCUGAUUAAAUGUUUGGAAAAUAUUUUACACCACCCGAACGAAGAGAAGUACAAGAAAAUUCGUAUGAGUAAUCGGAUGUUUUGUGAUAAAAUAAAAGUAUGUGAAGGGGCGUUGGAUUUCUUACACGCAGCUGGUUUCGCUGAAAUACCAAUUGACGACGAGCCUCAUUUGAUCUGGUCCGAGGAGUAUUUGGAGCCGGGAAAUACGCUGGAAAGUUUGCUAGAUGCCUUGAAGUGUUCGGAACCAUUCCACCUGGAAUUGGACCGCAACAUUCAAGUGUUGCUACCGUCGCAAGUGCAAAAGACUAACCUUCCGCCUGAUUUUUUCCGAAUCUCGCUGGAAGAACUCAAGCGAGAACAGCAACUAAGGUCGGAAGCACUGGAGCAGUCGCAAAUCCUCAAAACCAAAGCCAUGCGCGAGAAGGAAGAGCUUCGCAUCGUGAAUCGUUACAAAUUUUCGCUCAUACGCGUUCGCUUUCCGAACGGUGUGUACCUGCAGGGAACGUUUAACGUGUACGAAAAGCUUUCGCAGGUGUACGAAUUCGUACAGUCCUGUCUAAUGCACGAAUCUGCUGAAUUUUUAAUUGUUUCUCCCACCGGCCAGCGAUUCUCGGACGCGGAUCUGGACAAGUCGCUGUUCGAUUUACGGCUGGUGCCGACAAUCGUUUUCAACUUCAGCUAUGAGAACGAGUCUCGUCAGCUAGCGGACUACUUAAAGGAGGAGCUGAUGCUUCUGAUUCAAUCCUUUUAAUAAACGUUUGCGUUUAUUUUUUGUUAAAAGUUUUCUUUUUUGUUGCGUCAUACGUUUUUCGUUAUGUCGUCUGUCCUGCUAUCCUGCUUCAAUUUAUUUAUACAUAUGAUAAUAUAUAUUAGCUGCGACGAUGUAAUGAAUUGUGAUCAAUGAAAUA